AUGUCUUCCUCAACCUUGAUAAAUGGUUUUACUGUGAUCCCCAUAUCCUAUUCCAGCUCAUCUAUACAUUACAUAUACGCCAGAGCUCAUGUAUCCAACAAAAAAGCCCCAAACUCGUGGCCUUCAGGCCGAACACUGUUCCUCGUUAAUGCACCGCCAGAUGCCACAGAACGGGAUCUCAUCUUACUAUUAAAACCCUAUGGAACCGUGGAAAAAGUAAUUUUUGACUCUGACAGUGCUGUGGAGGAUGCAGACGAGGAAGAUAGUGAUUCAGAAGAUGGAGAGGAGGAAGGAGGAGUACAUAAUCACGGAGAUGAGGAAAGUCAGCCUCGAAAACGCCAGAAACUCACGAUGAAAAAGGUUGAACCCCCCAAAGUACUCCCAUUACCUUCAAUGCCUCUACGGAAAUUGCGGAAGACCGGUCAAACGGCGCAUGUCGUCUUUCUCGAUACAUCCUCUCUUGAUCGAUUUUUCUCUGCCUCACAUACAAAACCUCGGUCGUGGCCCAACUCAUCAGAGGAACCAUCUGGACUAUCACACUAUCUCGCGCUGUCUGAUUCACUGCGACCGCCUCUCGAUGCUGUCCGCCAACACGCGAAUUCAGCGAUGGACUUGUACGAAUUCGAACUUGCGAAGUCGAAGCGACAGUCGAAAUACAAGAAGGGAGAGGCGAUCGUGGACGAGGAUGGAUUCACGUUGGUGACUAGAGGAGGGGCAUAUGGGCAGACAGUUGGAGGUGGUGUCGCUGUCGCAACGAAGAAAUUCCAGGAGACAGGAGAGACUAGUGAAAGGACUAAGAAGCACUCGAAGGAGAAGACUUCGUUCUACGCUUUCCAAAAAGCGGAGAAACAACGGAAUGAACUCUUGCAACUGAAGAAGAACUGGGAAUUGGAUAAGGCUAAGGUAGAGAAGUUGAAGGCAUCUCGUAGAUUUAACCCAUACUGA